AUGGGGAGAGCGAGUGUAGGAUCCUCGGGGCCGGGACGUUCCCUUCGGCGCCUGGUGGGGCUACGCGGAGGGAAGGAUGUUGGACGCCCGUCCUCUCCGCCUCGCCUUCCCUCCGCGUCUCCGCCGACGCCCGUCCCGUCCCGUCAGCUCGUGGUUUUCUGCUCACGCCUGUUCCCUGGCCCAGUUGAACCUACAGAGGCUAGUGACAAGUCCUUAGGUCUAUUAAUAGACAGAGCAGAAUGGGCUGAUAUAGAGCCAGUGCCACAGAACGAUGGCCCCAAUCCAGUGGUCCAGAUCAUUUAUAGUGAAAAAUUUAGAGAUGUUUAUGAUUAUUUCCGGGCCGUUCUGCAGCGUGAUGAAAGAAGUGAGCGAGCUUUUACAUUAACCAGAGAUGCUAUAGAGUUAAAUGCAGCCAAUUAUACAGUGUGGCAUUUCCGGAGAGUUCUCUUAAAGUCGCUUCAAAAGGAUCUCCAUGAGGAAAUGAGCUACAUCACUGCAAUAAUUGAAGAACAGCCCAAAAACUAUCAAGUUUGGCAUCAUAGGCGAGUAUUAGUGGAGUGGCUAAAAGAUCCAUCUCAGGAGCUUGAGUUUAUUGCUGAUAUUCUUAAUCAGGAUGCAAAGAAUUAUCAUGCCUGGCAGCAUCGACAGUGGGUUAUUCAGGAAUUUAAACUUUGGGAUAAUGAGCUGCAGUAUGUAGACCAACUUCUUAAAGAGGAUGUGAGAAAUAACUCUGUCUGGAACCAAAGAUACUUCGUAAUUUCUAACACCACUGGCUACAAUGAUCGGGCUGUAUUGGAAAGAGAAGUCCAGUACACUCUGGAAAUGAUCAAGCUAGUACCACAUAAUGAAAGUGCAUGGAACUACUUGAAAGGGAUUUUGCAGGAUCGUGGUCUUUCCAAAUAUCCCAAUCUAUUAAAUCAAUUGCUUGAUUUGCAACCAAGUCAUAGUUCCCCCUACCUAAUUGCCUUUCUUGUGGACAUCUAUGAAGAUAUGCUAGAAAACCAAUGUGACAACAAGGAGGACAUUCUUAAUAAAGCAUUAGAGUUAUGUGAAAUCCUAGCUAAAGAAAAGGACACUAUAAGAAAGGAGUAUUGGAGAUAUAUUGGAAGAUCUCUUCAAAGCAAACACAGCACAGAAAGUGACCCACCAACAAAUGUACAGCAAUAACACCAUCUAGAAGAACUUGAUAGACUGCUUUUAUUUUUUUAAGAGACUCUAAUGCAGGAGUUUAAAACUACCCUGUGCCUGUGGUGUAAAACAUGCAUUGCACAGAUACUGCUUUUUAACAAGAACUAAGUACGAUGUUCCUUGGGUGCUGCUGCCAUGCAGACUAGCUCUAAGUAAUUCGAUUAUUUUAUAGCAAAGUAAUUGGGGGGAGGGAGAAGGGAAAAAGUCCCAUAUAGGAACUUUUGUAGUCUUAUCAACAUUUACUUUAACCCCUUAGCAUCAACUCCUCCCUGAAUGGUAUAUGCAUCAGGAUUUGCAGCAUAAAUGAUUACAGAUAACUUAUAUGUAAUGGAUAUGAGGUAGCUUGAAUUUUGGUUUAGGAAGCAAGGAAUGCAAUUGUUACUCAGAGCUGCUAUGCCACACUCACAAUAUCUUGCUAUUACUGUAACCAACUAAUGCCAAAAGAAUGGUUUUGUAAUAAAAUUAUAGAUGUAUUCUAAAACAA